GUGCUGGUUCAACUGCCGCUCCAUUAAUAACAGUAUUGAAUAGAAAACCAGAUGGCAUACUGGGAAAACCAAAUAAACCAAUGAUGGAAUGUAUUGCCCAAAAAUUUAAAUUAGAUCUCAGACGAACCUGCAUGGUCGGUGAUCGUUUAGAAACUGAUAUUCAGUUUGGAAUUAAUAAUGGCGUUAUUACCUUGUUGGCAUUAACAG